AUGACGCUCAAACUUCUUAGUCAACAAGAAGCGAUCACAAUUGAUCAAGAGCUGUUCAAUGAAUAUGCUUUCAGUGUUGACCAGUUGAUGGAGUUGGCCGGUCUUAGUGUGGCUGUGAGCAUCGCCAAGUCAUACGAUGACGCGGCAUCAAAGGACCAUAGCGUUCUGGUGAUUUGUGGACCUGGAAACAAUGGUGGUGAUGGUCUCGUUGCUGCUCGACACCUCAAACUGUUUGGUUACAAGCCACUGAUUUUGUAUCCAAAAGCAGGAAAGGGUCAACUUUUUGAGAAUCUGGUAACACAGUGCAACAAAAUGGAUAUUCCCUUUCUUGCCGACUUUAACUCAAUCAAGUGGAACGAUGUGAAGAUUGUAGUGGACGCUCUAUUUGGCUUCAGCUUCCGCCCACCAGUGAGAGCAGAGUUUAGUGAGGUUUUAAAGAAGCUCUCCACUCUCAAUCCUAAUGAACAUAAACUGGUCUGCGUGGACAUUCCAAGCGGUUGGCAUGUUGAAAAUGGACCCUCAACUGAUGGACAGACUCCGGUGAUUCAACCUGACUGUCUAGUGUCACUUACGGCGCCGAAAACAUGUGCCACGCACUUCACUGGAAGCUAUCACUGGCUCGGCGGUCGGUUUGUACCUCCCUCAUUGGCAGCCAAAUACGGCCUUAAUUUACCCGAAUACCCAGGCACCGAGCAAGCGCUGCGCCUCAACAACUGA